AGUUCUCCAUCCGCAAAAACAAAUUACAAAACACAGAUUUUUGCUGCAGCUCAAGACAAGCACGCAACAUGGCCAUUUCGUCGCUCGCUUGCAAGUCCGCGCGCGUGUGCCGCCUGCGCUCAACCGCGGCGCCCUGCUCUCUGCCUCGUGUUUCUCGCAACACGGUGGUAAAGUUCCAGCAGCCGGAGUCCGCCAAGGCUUCCGGUUUGACACAGGAUGUGGAGGCCAUUGCCGCGCAGUUCAACGACGAAACGGCGCACAAGCUGGAGCAGCUGGCCGCCGAGGCCAUGAACAAGGCCGUCACCUCGCGCAAGGAAUCCGUGGCAGAGAAGAGCUUCUACGAGGUCGCCCGCUCGCUGUCCUCCAUCGACGCCGCCACCGCGCACGAGGACCUGCCUGACACCGAGGCCCUGUUGGCUGGCACCUUCGGCGCCUACUACAGCGGCAGCGGCUCCAAGACACCCGCUAUCCCCACCGCCGCCAAGGCACACAAGCCUGCCGACUUUGCCGACAAGCUGACGGCUCUUGAGCAGGAGGCGCUGCAGAAGGCGCGUGAGGCCAGCACCCACCCCACCAUCGGCCAGCAGUAGGCCAACAUCCACACAACCCCGCACAGUGAGCCGGUGCGGCGGCGGGAGCAGCGCUCCAGUAACUGGGGUUCCCAUAUGGGUGUGUGAGACGGAUGUGCGCGAUCCCUGACUGGCUGGGUGGAGUGUGGAUGGAGUAUGGGUGGGGGGCACCGACAGGGCGCGACCACGCUAGCCGGCUCGAGAUGGGCGUGACCAAUGGUCCCAGCAGGCAACAAAGCAUCGUACUGUUUAAGACACUGGUGCGCCCGUUGGGUUUUAGAGGGCACUGCCGGCGUUUCCUGUAUGCGGCGCUGGCGUGGGGUCAGGGGCAGUACAGGGACCCCGCAGGUGCCACGGUUCGAAGGUGUUUGGGUACGUGGCCGUUUCAGAAGCCCACGCGACGUAGCAGCAUCGUUACUCUAGUCGCCAAAGCUUCGUAUGCGGUAUUAAGAUUUAAAUUGGCACAUGCGGAUGUGUUUAUGGUAGCUGAUGCCGUUUGGAGGAACUUUACACGGGAUCCUGGCCCAUGCAAGGAUCCGACACCUACCUAACCAAUCACAUAAUCAGCAGGUAUUGAUUCGUUCUGGCUACUCCGUGCAUGAUGAUAAAGAGGCGGCGCCUGGUUUUCUUGAUGCACGGACUGUUUGGAUUCGGGUGGGCCGUGCCAAAGAGGAGGUUUUGCUAAUGGACAUCGCGGCAUUGGGGCUGAUUCCAUACACACACGCUCUACUGCGUGCGGCGGGGUUAGCCUGAUGCGGCGUCGACGGCGCGUGGGGCGAUUUGUGUCGCCUACGGCCACGCGGCACCGGAAACGUGUCAAUAAACACACGUCUAGUUCCCGGCCGUGGUUUGAAUUUGAUGGGCUCGGGGGCUCCCUUGUGGACCCAGGGACCCGAUGAGGAUGGGCAGGAGACAGAAGCGGCGCCGGCGCGGGAGCCGCCAGGGUGCGGGAGAUGGACUGACGGUUGCCAUGUGCGGUGCACGCGUGCAGACGGGAGGUGGUUGGUCUUUCCUAGAGAUGUGGAGGACAAAGUGGCGUGGCGCCAGACGCACAUUUGAAGAUGGCUAGGUGUUGGUGCAACCCUGCAAAGGAUGUGCGUCCAUGGGACUAGCCCAGGUACGAAUGUCCUACGCGCAUUUCACUGUAGGCUUUGCGACUGUUUGUUAGCAGCGCAGUAGUCCCAAAAGUGCCGAAGGUGAAGCCGAACCGCGAAGAAGGAAAAGUCCCGGCGCAAAUUGCGCUUGAGUUCUUUGGGGGUGAUGUUAAAAGAUGCUGCUAUAAGACCCGGUUUGAUGCGUGUGACGAGAUUCAAGCAGUGAUUUGAAGGCCCAUGCUGCAGCCGCGCACGGGCCCGAAGGGACUGGCGGGGUCCUGUAACAUGAUGCA